UCCUCCCUCCCUUCCCCUCCCCUCCUCUUCCCCGGCUGCUUUUGCCCUCCGGCCCGGGCCGCCUCCUUCGCGGAGCGGCCCCCGCGAUGGCAGUGGCGGCGACGGCUUGGCGAGCCUUGCGGAGGGUCGGGCUUGGCGCAGCGGCCGGGCCGCGCGGAUCCUUGCUGGGUUGGCCCAACAGCAGCGGGAGCAGAAUCGUCCGCAGCCCCGAGGCCCGGCGGCUCAGCACCAGCCCUGCGUUGCUGCUCGCCGCUCGUCGGUUUACGGACAAGCACGAAUGGAUCGCCGUCGAAAACGGAAUUGGAACGAUAGGAAUUAGCAACUUUGCACAGGAAGCAUUAGGAGAUGUUGUUUAUUGCAGCCUUCCAGAAAUUGGAACAAAGCUGAACAAACAAGAUGAAUUUGGAGCCUUGGAAAGUGUGAAGGCUGCUAGUGAAAUCUACUCUCCCAUCACAGGAGAAGUCACAGCAAUUAACACCGCCCUUGCUGAUAAUCCUGGACUUGUCAACAAAUCUUGUUACCAAGAUGGCUGGCUUAUCAAAAUGACGGUGGAUAAUCCUUCUGAACUGGACGACCUCUUGACUGAAGAGGCGUAUGAAAAAUACAUCAAAUCCAUCGAGGAAUAAGCUAAAAGGUGCCAAGCUGAGCCAGUACCCACUACUUUCUUUGACUUGGAUGGCCCCAAAUUACUGGAGAAGUUGGCGCAGCAGCUGGUUGAGGAAAUUUUGAAAGGAAAAAAAGCACUGCCUUUCUUCCAAUUGCGUUAAAGGCAGUCCACAAACGUCCGUAAAUCAAAAAACGUUUGUGCCUUUUCUGAGUAGGCAAGAAUCAGGAAUAGUUUCGAUUUUUCUCCCCUCCGUUCCUGAUGAAUAUAAUUUCAAGGUUUGAAGUCCAUCAUCCCUUCUGGGCUAGAAUGACCUUUGUUCCUGAAAUGAACCCAGUAGGUUGAUAAAAUAGAUCUGGAAGAUGAUGCAACGUCCUUAAUCCCAAACGUCUACUUUUUAUUUGUACAGAUUUUCUUGCUUUUCUUUGUCUGCCCUCUUUCCCCGGGCGUCUUGUUUUUGGGCAUCUACCAGAAGCUGUCCUGCUGCCUUUGGUAUUAGUGAAAGUCCUCAAGAGAUUAGAUGGUUUAAAAGUGCAAGUGUUGGGCUGGAGGCAUGGAGACCUCCGGCUAACCCUUCCUGCCUCGCAGCAGAUAAGAUAACAGAAGUUAAUAAAAAAUCCUGACUUUA